AUGAGGGUGUUGGCAUAUGGGACAUCAGCAGAUGCACUUGAUGGAUAUUUGAGAAUGAGUGAGACCGUGACAAGGGAUGCUCUUGUAAAGUUUGUGGAAGGUGUCAUUUCAUGCUUUCGUGAAGAGUACCUUAGAAGUCCAAAUAGAGAUGAUUUGGCACGACUGCUCCAUGUUGGAGAAGCAUAUGGAUUUCCAGGUAUGGUAGGCAGUAUUGAUUGCAUGCACUGGGAAUGGAAAAACUGCCCCACCGCUUGGGCUGGACAAUAUGCAGUUAGAAGCGGUUCGUGCAAUGACAUUAACGUCCUCCAAAGAUCUCCUCUUUUUGAUGAUGUCUUGGCAGGUCGAGCCCCAAAGUUGAGUUACACUUUGAAUGAUCGAGAAAAUAAUAUGACUUAUUAUCUCAUUGAUGGCAUAUAUCCUUCAUGGGCUGCCUUUGUCAAGUCAAUAAAUUCUUCACAACUUCGAAAACACAAGUUGUUCGCUGAACAUCAAGAGGCGGCUAGAAAAGAUGUUGAACGAGCAUUUGGAGUUUUACAAGCUCGUUUUGCUUUUCUUCAUCGCCCUUGCCUUGUGUGGGACAAAGAUAUGAUGGGGAAAUUUAUGAUUGCAUGUAUCAUUAUUCAUAAUAUGAUAGUUGAGGAUAAACGACACACAUACCUUCAUUAUUAUGAUCCAUCAGAAUUUAUAACUAAAGAAGACGAAGAAUCUUUUGAGUACUCUACUCAACGAAUUGGAGAUCUAUCCCGUUAUAUGACCAACAUGGCACAAGUUCGCAAUAGAGAAGCUAAUAACGCUCUAAAAAACGAUUUGAUUGAGCAUAUAUGGAAAAAAUUCAGCACUGAAGAAUAA